CGCGCGGUGCCGCUCUCGGUUUAGUCAGGUUCAGUCGCAUCGAGAUACUCGUGGAACGCGUGUCGCGUGGUGCAUGCAUGCAUGCUUGCUUGCGUGCGAUCAAACGUGCGUGCAUGUGUGUGCUUAUUAUUGUGGUGUACCGAGAGUGGUCGGCGGAUGUGCAUGUGUGCGGGCCAUAACACGGUGUUGCGCUCGGUCUCGAGUCUCGACAGUGCAUGUCGUGAUUACUAUAACCGUCGUCGUCUCGUCUGUCCGUCCACCGUGAUCGCAUCAAAUGCACGUCUCGUGCUCCUCGAGAUCACCGAGUAACACCCGCCGUCAUCUGUAUCCUCGUGACGUUUGACAGCGCGCGGCUGAUUCGCGAAACGAAGAGGAAAGGGGAAGGAAGCCGCGUCUCGUCCCGGCGGUUGAUGACUCUUCGAACGAUCGUGCCGAAUACACGACGAAGGAGGAGGAGGUGGAAUUGAAUCGUCUCGCUGCUGCUCGUGUUCCGUCCUCUCUUCCCCCCCCCCCCCUCUCAACCAGCAAUCACGAUUUACGGAACUUGCCGGUAUCGCUGCCGCUCGUUUAUUCUUGGUUUCCCUUUUUCCUUCGAUUCAUCUCGCCGUUCACGCAAACCGGCCCCAAGUUCGACGUUAUUUCACCAAAAUGAGAGUAAUGCGGAGACAUCGUCACGCGGUCCUGGCACCUGUGUCCAUCCUGAUACUGUUGUGCAGCCGGUCCGAUUUCGUGUCGUCUCGAUCGACACGAUCCGCCGAAGACUCGUGGGCCGUGGCGGAUUUCGCGCCAGACUGUGAGCGCGUCAAGCCUUUCUUCGAAAGCAAGAAAAUCACGAUCGUGCCCGUGAAGCCAAGCACACCGGAGAAUAUUGCUAAAACGACGUGCAACGGCAUGUGUUGUAGCCUAGAGACCGAAGAAGCGUUGAGACAUUUACCAAAAGAAGAUUUUCACUGCGUAAUCCAACAGUACAGCAGUACUCUGCAAGGUCCUCUGGCGACAACGGCGGAUGCACUUAGGGAGACCGUGACGAUGCUCGCGAGACAAUCGGAGAACAAAACCCUGACCCUCUUCAAUCAAGUGUACCGCUCGAUGGCGGUUUUGAGCAGGCCGUCGAUAAAAGCGCUGUACCAGGCGAUGGUCGAUUACGUAUCGCCGCAGAACACGCCGGACACCUUGGAACAGCCGCUCACGAGGGAGAUGCUUCAGGAACGGUUCGUCGAGUUCUUCACGAGGCUGUUCCCGAUCGCGUACCACAACGCGGUGAACCCGCGCGAGUACGAGCAGGACUUCACGGAGAAGUUCAAGACCUGCCUGUACGAGACAAUGGACGAGAUCCAGCCGUUCGGCGACAUACCGAAGCAGGUCGCGAACUCAGUCAGCAAGAGCCUGGAGGCGACAAGGGUGCUGGUGCAGGCGUUGACUCUUGGCAAAACCAUCCUCGAAAGGAUCGACGGCGUUCUGUUUUCCGGUACCACUCCGCAGCUGGAAGCCUGCUAUGACGCGCUGCUCAGAAUGACUUAUUGUUUGAGGUGUAAGGGCUUUGGACCCACCGUCAUGCCCUGCAACGGAUUCUGCACCAACGUCAUGAGAGGCUGCCUGACGGAGCGGGCGUCGGAACUGGACCUCGCGUGGUCCGGCUACGUGGAAACGGUCGAGAGGCUCGUUGUGGCGGUCGACGGUCGUAACGAUCCGUCGGGCCUGAAUGCCGAGAAGGCUGUCAGACAAUUGGACACCCGCAUUUCGGAUGCCAUUAUGCACGCGAUGGAGAACGGGCCGCAGCUCGAGGAGAAGGUGAGAAUAAAGUGCGGCCGUCCGGAACUGCAGCCGAAGAACGAGGGAACCGUUACACCUUCGGAUGCAGCUGCAGCGGGGAAAUCGGCGGCGGGCAGCAGCCUCGAGAUGCACGCAGCUGCGCCUCCUGUCACGCAUAGAACAUUACCGACGCAGUUGCACGUGCAGCUGGGUAAUUUCUUGGCCAGUGUCGUCAGGUCCCGGACCUUCUACGGCACUCUCGCCGACCUGAUCUGCGAGGAGUAUCCCGACAAACGGUGUUGGAAUGGCGAGCACGUCGGAGAGUACACAAAGAUGGUGGUGGACUCGAAUUUGAUGGCGCAGAAGUACAAUCCCGAGUACACCGUAACGACAAUGUCACUGCCGACAACUUCCUAUAGCAAUACAAACACAAGCGUGCUCAUUGACCAAUUGAGGCACAUUAAUCAGAUUUUGCAAUCUCAAUUGGCAUCGACGCCCGACAGUGGAACACUGCUGCUCGCUGACGAAGCUUUAGAUGGCUCGGGAAGCGGUGACAGGCCAAUUUGGAGGAAGAAAGGAAAGGGCGACGACAUCGACAACGACGACGAAGAUGCGCACGGAGACGAUCACGACGACGAAGAGGCGUCUGGUUCUGGCAUGGGACCCACCACAACAGAUCCAGUGAUGAAGAUGAAUCAUGACAUGACGACCACGGCUGGUUCAUCAAGUAUCCUCUUGUCGUCCGCCAUCCUGGUGAUCAUUUGCGUGCAUGUGAUCGCUUAAAUCUCAUCGGAGCCAGAAGGAACAAGAAGGGUAACCAGCAAUUCGACGGCUCACGACCUAGACAAACACGACCUUGAGACCCGCAUCAACGGACAGUCCGGUUUUCCAGUUGAUACGGGGAAACGAUCCGCCGAUUCCGCGCCAUGAGGAUCCGCUUCGUAGGUAUUUAUCGCGCUGUCUGGCCCGAACAGCUGCGAGGAGGACAAUGUUGCCGCGUAACUACCGUGAAACGGCGGGCAAUCUGUUUCGUAGUUCGCGGUUCGAACAAGACAUUCGCACGUGGCCAGCGGCAGAGAGGUGUCAGAGAAGAGAGGUUCGGAGAAAUUCGGAGAAGAAGCUGAGUCGCAGCCACCACCGAGUCCUUUGUGUUCUCAGUUCGUCGAUGAUCGCCGAAUGCAACGAGUCCGAGGCCGAAGUGAUUAUUCCGCGAGAUCGUUCCGUGUCACGGAAUCAUCCGCAGGUCCCGAUCUAUAGAUUUUAUAGUAUGGUAUAAUAUAGCACAGUAUAUCUAUAGUAUAGAAGAACGGCACAGGCAAGGGAGUGAGAGAGAAAGAGAGAGAGAAAGAGAGAGAGAGAGAAAAGAAAGAAGCUGCUGCUGGAGCGUAUACCGAGUGUCUGCUGACGGUGCGUGGUGUCUUGGCAAGAACAUGGUCCAGCGUUUGAUGGUCUGCCAAACGGAGCCAGCCAGCCUCCGUUUGGCCCAAGCAUUGUUCUCCGUUACCAGAGCGGCGGAGAACGGGUCUUCAUCGGUUGUACAUUUUUGUUAUUCGUGUACGAGGACUAAGGAAAUUUCUAUUUAGAAAGGCAAGACUGUUCUAGAGAAAAAUUAAGCUGUUGAACUUCGUCGAGUUGCUUCCGCGCGGACAGGCGAAGGCGAUAGAGUACUAACGUUGAAAGUAAUGCCGGUAGACAAAUUCUCCCUCCCUACUUCAGGACGCGAGAACGCGCGAGUAGUGGCGAGUACCGUGAAGAUCUGCACGCGGCGGGAGCAGUAUGAUGUUUCGCGGUUUGGAUGCGUCGGAUUCGCACCCGAUAUCGUCACUCCGCGAUGUAAACUAUCUCUCGGGUUGUAAAGCCGAUUACGCUGCGCGACGGAGUGGAUCGAUAUCGUUGUCCGUUUAAUUAAAAAGGGACAACUGUUUGGUUGAUUUAGAAUGUGCCACUCGACAAGAAUGAAUAAGAUUGCGGCUGAAUAAGAGUGAACCGAGCAACCGACAACUGAUCGACGACUGGGGACUAAAUGAUGAUGAACUGGCGAGUGACUACUGACCUGGUGAAGAAUCGGUUUCGAGUUUUUAUACUGUUUCGUGGACACGGAAGACUAGAAAUUGAGUGGCUAAUGACGCGACGGAAGGGGCGACCGAAGCGGCGUGUGCUCGCGACCCUGUCAUAAAAAAUGCUGCCGAUGAAGGGGAGUGCAUUACUCAAUAGUGCAGAAAUGGUUUUAUUGCCGGAAAGAAGAUGGCUCGAAAAUCAUAAAUUUAGAAAUUGCAAGGAAGAAGGCUGUGGCUCUGCGACAUUGAAAACCUAACGAACGUGACCUUUCAUCGAUUGCACGUCGUUCGUUGAAGGACUGUUCAGUUGUCUCGUUGAGCCGAAGAUUCCCCGUCAAUAAAUGUUUUUUUAGGGGUAAAGGGGGAAGGUAAUUCGUCCCGCGGAGAAAGUUAGGCGGAAUGCAGUCCGAAAAUUCCGUUGAAGGACGGAACAGAGAGGAUCGGUUAAAUCGGACGAAGGAUGCUAGAGCUAAUUAAAGUAAUUCUGCGGUUAAUUCUCGCGACAAAGUUCAUUAUACACGUAUUCCUAGUUCGAUGACUUGGCUUUGAAUCACGAAGGAAAGCAACACAACCGAACGGAGGGCACCGCAACUGUUCUCAGUCGCGGCUAGCGGAACGAUGUUGGGCAAGGAUGCUGAACUAUGCCCGGUGAACGUUGGAUAACGAGUUUCGAGCGUGUACGGAAAAUCGGACGAUCUAGCAAUUCCUUUUUUUCAUUUCGUUGGGAAGCUUGUUUUUCCAUUUUUUGUCUGUCGAAAGAACGCACUGUGCUGCAUCACGAGUAUUGUUAAGGGAGGUAGGAGUUCUGAUUGCUUGCCGAUUGUUAGUCUGUUCGGUUGACUCGCUUGUUGAGCGUAUCGGAAACAAGAGUGAGAAACGUCGAAUGGGAAUGGGGAAUAAAGUUUCGGACAUUUUCAAGAAAUCCUGGGAAUGAUAAUGAUAAUAAUAAUAGUAAUAAUAAUAAUAAUAAUAAUAAUAAUAAUAAUAAUAAUAGUAAUAAUAAUAAUAAUAAUAAUAAUAAUAAUAAUAAUAAUAAUGUCUAUGUUAAGCGGAGAGAAAUGCGUCCAUCAAGCGGGAAUUGCUGUUCAUGUUUUUCAUCUGGAGUUUGAAGACAUUAAAAUGAAUGUGAAGCAUCUAAAUUAAAUCGUUAACGGUCAAAUCCAGUGCCAUAAUAUUUUGCCGAUGUUUGUGAAAUGUAGAAACGUCGUCAUGCUUUCGAAUUCAUUUAAACUGUUGUUUCUACGUUGAUUGCAUUCGAUGCGUUUACGUGUAUGUUAGACUUACGGUAAAAUGUCGAUUAUUUGAAACAAUGACAGGGCGAAGCGUUACGGACAAUCAAACUCUUGGAGAGGGGAGGACAAAAAUUAGACGCGAACGGAGAUGAAUAUUUUUUAAGGGUAUCACACAACCUGGACAACUCUUUCGGAUGGAAACCGGCUCGAAGUGUUCGGAUUAGUGAGCAGAAAAUAAACCCUGAAAUCCGUUUCUAGGAUUUAUUUUGAUAUUUAUUAUCUAGGAUGGUUCCGGUCCUAGAAAAUUUAUUUAUAUAAAUUUAAUGGCUUUCCGAGAGCAACAUUUGAUAGUGACACUCAUUCGAGACGCGACAGCUCUAAGCUACCAUGCGAUGUAAGGAUAUCGAUGUUGCAUUGGUCUUAUUUUUAUUACUGUAUAUACAAUUUUACAAUGUUUCUUGCGAUGUUUUUGUUCGUAUGUGCAAAAUUUUUUCCAAUCCUGUAUGUAUAACAGAUUUAUAAUUUUGUAAAGUAUUAAAUCAUUACAUAUUAAAUGUGUAAUACAGCACGAGUAAUAUUAAUUCUCCUAAAUUCUUUUUCAAUUUGCAAUAACACUUAGCGAAUAGUAAUUCUGAAGGCAUAAUGUUACGUUACACGGUGUACAUAUUAACAUCCAUGUUCAAUAAAACAUUUUUUUUUUUAAACUUGUAUUCGUUGAACUCAUAAAUAAAUUGUCAUUAUAUU